AUGGUCGAAUCCAACGGACUUCCUGUGCCGGCCACAGUGACCAAUGGUGUCGAUGUCGAUCGCAUCGCUGUCAGCCCCAUGGCCCCUGAAAAGGUUGCCAGUCUGGCCCAAAAGAUCGAGUUGCUGAGCAAAGCCUUCACGUCUGGCCAGCCCGACGCGCGACUCCAGCUAAUGGAAGCCGCCGAUGCCCUUCUAGCAGCCGUCGAGACGCCGCGCGAGACCAUUUUCCGAUACUGCUGGCGCAACACUACCGGCUUUGCCGUGAUCGAGACAGCCAUCGACCUCGGGAUCUUCCGAUAUCUGUCGAACAAUGACCGACCGAUGUCCGUGGCCGAACUGGCGACAGCCACCGGCGCUGACAUCGUCCUGCUAAAACGAAUCAUGAAACAACUCAACGCCAUCCACGCUGUCACCGAAACCGGUAAGGAUGAAUACACCAGCAACAACUUUUCGCGCACGCUCGCCCACACCCGCUACGCCGAUGCCUUUCCCGUGAUAACGCGGACCACCGGGCGUGCCAUCACCGCGAUCCCGGAGUUCCUCCGUAAAACGGGCUAUCGCGACCCGGCCAACGGCCUCGACUGCCCCUUCCAACUCGGCUACAAGACCCAGUCCGCUUUCUUCGACUUCGUGGGCCAGGACCCGGUAAUCAGCGCCCAAUUCAACAAUCUCAUGUCCAUCUACCACCAAGGCCGCGCCAGCUGGAUGGACCCGGGCUUCUACCCGGUUGAGCAGCGCCUCCUGGUCGACACGACGACGACGACAGACCCCGCCGACAGGAUCCUGCUGGUAGACGUAGGCGGCGGCAAGGGCCACGACCUGGCCGAGUUCCGCGCCAAGUGGCCCAACACCCCGGGACGGUUGAUCCUGCAGGACCAGCCCGCCGUCCUGGCCGAGGUGGUGGGAAGCCAGCUGCACGAGUCGAUCGAGUGCAUGCCGCAUGACUUCUUCACCGAGCAGCCUUGUAAAGGAGCAAGAGCCUACUUCCUCCACUCGGUGCUGCACGACUGGCCCGACGCGAUCUGCCAGAAGAUCCUGGCCCCGCUGCGCGCCGCCAUGACCCCCGGGUACAGCCGGCUGCUGAUCAACGAGAACGUGAUCCCGGACCGCGGCGCGCAGUGGCAGGCGAUGGGGCUGGACUUCGUCAUGCUGGCGGACUUUGCGGGCGCGGAGCGCACCGAGUCCCAGUGGACGCGCCUCCUGCACGAGGCCGGGUUCCGCAUCCUGCGCAUCUGGGCGGCGGAUCGGUGGUCGGAGAGCUUGAUCGAGUGUGAGGUGGUGGCUGGGGCUGGGGCUGGGGCUGGGGCUGGGGCAUGAGUGGCUGCUUAGUUGAUCGAUUUCCGGGAUAUUGAAGUUUGAGCUUGUUUCGUUGGGGCGGGUUCCCCCUUUUUUUUUCCUUCUUGGUCCCUAUUCUAUCUAUAUUUAUUCAUUCUUCGAGUAAGAGCGAGUUGCGUCUGUGUGCGGUCUUUCUUUCUUUUUGGUUUGAUCAAUUACGAGGGCAGUUGAGGGUGAACCUUACGAAACUGCGGUAUCCCCUCGAAUGUUACAUGGGGUUUGUACUGGAUGGUAGUUGCGAUGCUGUCCCGAUGUUUCGAACUUAGCCCUAAGAGACGCGGCCGGAUGCGCCCCGAUGAGCAGGAAUGGGCAUGAUUUGACCGCUGUUCAACUGCAUUGUCGGCAUUUGAAGUAUUCAAAGAAGAGAUUUCUCUCGAUCUCAUCUGUGACCGCGCUCGACAACGUACAUGAUCAGGCAUGGCCGGAGUAAUCACCUG